GCUUUGAUAGUUUUAAUGUUCAAAAAUGACGCUUAAAUCAAGUGCAAUCAUCGAGGCCACCAUUCUCGUUGUUAUAUGUGUAGCGUCUGUUUUUGUAAAUAUCAUUUUGUUUGUGAUACUCUUGAGGAAGAGAACCCUUCGCACCAUCUCCAAUGGUUUUCUUCUCAAUCUCGCAUUUGCUGAUUUGCUCGUAUCCAUGUUAAACAUGCCUAUAACUGUGGUCACCAUUAUCAACGAAAGUUGGAUUUUUGGAGAUACUGCCUGCGUUUUCUUCGGAUUCAUCACGAUGCUUUCGUUUGUUUCAUCAGUGAUGUCCCUGGCUAUGAUAGCUAUCAAUAGAUAUUAUUACGUGGUGCAAUGGAAAAACUACUCAUCUAAUUUUACGCCAAGAAAAUCCCUCCUGUUCGUGGGAAGCGUGUGGAUAACAUCUGUGUCAUUAUCCAUUCCACCACUGUUAGGCUGGGGAAAAUAUGAUUUUAUUUCUGGGAAAUCUUUCUGUUUCGUAUUCUGGCCUUCUGAUGUUUACUAUAUGUAUUUUAUGCUUAUUAUAUGCUUCUUCGGCCCUCUAACUGUUAUAUGUAUAACAUAUAUCAAAAUUCUAAAAUUUACCAGGCGAGCUAAGCAGCAGAUGCAUCGACAUAGGGAAAACAACAUGAUCGAGGAUGCGAGUCAAAAAAUGGAGGAAAACAGAAGACGUAUAGGAACUUCUCAAGAGGAAGUCAAAAUCACCAAUACUUUAGUGAUCGUUGUUGCAUGUUUCGUCGGUUGUUGGGCGCCUUUUGCUGUCACCAUGUUUAUAGAUGUCUACUUACCAUCAUCACGCAUCCCAAGAUCAAUUGAUAUCAGCACACUGUUGCUUGGUUAUGCCAACAGCAUGUGCAACCCUGUUGUGUAUGGGAUAAGGAAUCAAACGUUUCGAAGGGAACUUAUUCGAGUCUUUACGAUCUGCCGAAGACUUCAAAGAGUUUCUGUAGGGAACGUACCUUACCCAUCUAAAAGGAGAGCUUCAUCCAAGAUCAGAACUGCAAAGAAAAUGGGAGUGUCUGAAUUACCACACCUCGCCUCAUCAUCCAAAGAGACUGCUUCAUCUUCUCUUUCUUAACAUUUGAAUUUCUCGUCGAAGAAAGGACUCAAGGAGGAAAGAAGCAGAUAAAUUUUACCCAUCCUAAAUGGAAAGCCUGAAUUGCUUAGGGUUAGCAGUAAACAAUGUUUCAUUUUAAAGGGGGUAAGUUUCUAAAGAAUCUGUGGUGCUGCGUCGGUUGAGGAGCCUCAUGACGAGCUUUGCCCUCCGAAAAACUUUAUGCAAAUUAGGCUACGGCAGAUCUGAGAUCCGUCUGGCAAUUAUUGAUUGUAAUAAAAGAACUGAGUUCGCGCCCACAGUACGAUCGAGGAGAUAAUGUAAAUAGACCACCGUGAAGUGUUUAAAAGCUGACGUUUCGAGCGUUAGCCCUUCUUCACAGCGAAAGGGCUCUGACUUUUUUUAAAUUUUAGUCAAGUAGUUUUAUGUAGAUGAGAUCCAAUUCAGUCGCAAAAAUAUUUCUUUUGGA